AUCCUGGCUAAUGAUCACAUACAUUUCCUCAUGGCUGAAAAGAGAGUGCUGAAAUUAACCGCAGAUUGCCCUUUCCUCGCCCAUUUGUAUUUUACAUUCCAAACAAAGGUAAUACCACCUCCCUCUCCAACAGUUGUACUCCAACACUCAAUACAAAAUAGAAGACUAUCACAUGCACGUGCCACACCUUUUUGACCAUGGAAAAUCUCCAUUCCUUUUAUGUACUUGUAUUCAAUUUCUCAGACUAAGUUAGCUCUCCCCUCACAUAUUUAUACUCCACAUUAUAAAUACACAUAACAUCCUUCCUCUUCACAGGUUGUCUAUUCUGUCUGGGCCACAGUGCCACCCCAAGUGCAGGGAAGUAUUUCCCUAUCAUGAAUGACAGUGCUAUUUGUGUCUUUAGGAUAACUUAUUCUUUGUGAUGGAAUACAUUAAUGGGGGAGACCUGUUUUUCCACGUAGAAGAGAAGGGACGCUUUGACCUAGUCAGCACACAAUUUUAUGCCGCAGAGAUGACAUGUGGGCUUCAAUUUCUCCACAGAAAUGGAGUCAUAUACCGAGAUCUGAAACUGGAAAAUGUCAUGUUGGAUCGAGAUGGGCAUAUCAAAAUUGUGGACUUUGGGCUAAGCAAAGACAACAUGUUUGGCAAUGAUCGUACCAAAAGCUUCUGUGGGUCGGAGCAUUAUGUUGCACCAGAGAUAUUCCAGGGACAACAAUACUUUUCCCCUGUGGACUGGUGGUCAUUUGGCGUCCUGCUUUUUGAAAUGUUGAGUGGUGUGAGUCCCUUUCAUGGAGCUGAUAAAGAGGAGCUCUACACGUCUGUCUGCAUGGACAUUCCUCAAUAUCCCACCUGGAUCAACCAGGAGUCAAAGGACAUUAUGGAAAAGCUAUUGGAGAAAGACCCCAACCGCAGGCUGGGCACAUUCGGGAACAUUAGGGAACACGCCUUCUUUGAGUCCAUAGAUUGGUCUAGGCUUGAAAGAAGAGAGGUGGAACCCCCAUUCAAGCCUAAAUUGGUGAAUCGCAAUGACUGCAGCUAUUUUGACAAGGAGUUCCUGAAUGAGACACCAAAGAUGUCCCGAGGCGACAGCAGAUACACGGGCCCCAUGGACCAGUCUGCAUUUGCAGACUUCUCAUUCAUUAAUCCAAUGUUUUGCAGCACAUAUUGAAUCAUUUCUGUGCUAUUUGUGCUACUAGAUUGUUUAUUUACUGUAUUUACUUGUAAUAAAUCUUAA